AAUCUUAUAAUUCAUCUUGUGCUAUUCUGUAUAAAGUUCAAUCUCACAUCUUCUGAUUUGCAGAGAAUAUCAGCAAAAGAUGCACUUGAUGCAGAGUAUUUCUGGGCUGAUCCCUUACCAUGUGAUCCAAAAAGCCUUCCGAAGUACGAAUCUUCCCACGAGUUUCAGACGAAGAAGAAGCGCCAGCAACAACGCCAGCACGAAGAAAUGGCGAAGCGUCAGAAGCUUCAGCACCCUCAGCCUCAUGCCCGUCUUCCUCCCAUCCAACAGACCGGUCAACCUCAUCCCCAAAUGUGGCCUGGUCCCGGUCAACCCAUCCAUAAUGCACCGCCUCCGAUGGCUGCUGGUCCGAGCCACCACUAUGGGAAGCCACGCGGCCCUUCCGGCGGUCCUAACAGAUACCCUCCAGGAGGUAACCCCGUUGGAGGUUACAAUCCCAACCAUCCCAAUAGAGGUGGCCAGGGUGGGGGUUACAGCGGUGCUCCCUAUCCCCAACAAGGCCGCGGCCCUCCUUAUCCUGGGGGCAAUAUGCAGGGUGCCGGUGGACCGAGGGGCACCGGCGGCGGCAGGAGG